AACGACGACGACGACAACGACAACGACUACGAUUUUCGCGCAGCGGCUUGCCUGCAGUCACCUACGUCGGGCUCUUCGACGAAAAGAGCGGCAAUGAUGCAUCAGCAGGGCCAACAGCCCCUUGGCCAAGGCGGCGGCGCAGGACUCAAGUUUGGUCAAAUGGGUUCCAACAAUAAUGGCAUCGGACAACAGCAACAGCAGCAUGGCGGAGUAGCAGCUAAUGGAGGAGGCAGCCAAGAUGCGGCUAGCAGCGCCAAUCAGGCCCCGGAAUAUACCCUCGCAGGUGUACUGCAUUACCUUCAGUCCGAGUGGAGAAGAUACGAAAAGGACAGAAAUGAAUGGGAGAUUGAGAGAGCUGAGAUGAGGGCACGCAUCGCCCUUCUCGAAGGCGAGAAGCGCGGCGCAGAGAAUCUCAAGACGAACCUCAUGCGUCGAGUCAAGAUGCUCGAAUUCGCCCUCAAGCAAGAGAGAUCAAAGUAUCUCGCAGGGGCCUCUGGACCUGCAGCAGCGGCAGGAGCAGCUCCUGUAGCAAAGCAUCCCGCUGUAGCUAACCUCGAGAAGGAGUCGACCCUCAGCAGCGCUGGCAGCGGACGAAGCUCGCCCAUUGACUUUGGCGAGCAGCAACAACACCAUGCGCGAGCAGGUACAGCAGCAUCUGCAGCUACCAUCCCGACCCUCAAUGGCUCAAUUAGUAUGGCACCCUCCCUCCUAAAUCGCCAGCUCUCCACCAACACGACAUCCUCUGCCACAUCCAAGGACUACCGUUCGCGGGAGAGGAGUCGUGAAUACCUCAAGCAAUGUCUGCAGGAGAUCUCAUACCUCACCAGCUCGACGACCCUCAACCCACUCCCGGACAGACCCAUGAGCGGCGCUGCCAGCUUCGUCGGCGGGCCACCUCGUCCAAAGAAGACGCUCAUCGAUGAGCCUCCACCACCGCCAGCUGCAGCGACGGAAGACGUAGAGAGCGGCAGCGUUGCCGGCGAGGGACUAGAUGCCACAGUCGCCCCGGCUGAAGAGGCAACCGCAGCGCCCAGUGACGAGCCCUCUUCAUCAGCCCCUUCCAUGUUUAGAUCAACAGGCGGUGUCGAAGACUGGGAGAAGCUCAAGCAAGCCGGCCAGGAGGGCAGGCUCAAGCGCGAGAAUGAGCGGAAGGCAGCAGCAGCGGCUGCGGCCGGCGCAGGCGUGGGUGCAGCGGCAGUAGAGGCAUCAGGUGUUGUCGCUUCAUCGUCGGAGGACGAUCACACUGGCGCACCCGAGACCCUCUCCUCUGAACGAGCCAAGCGUCUUCUUCGCGAAGCUUCGUCCCUCUCAUCUACCUCCUCGACGGGCGGCGGCGAUGAUUCGCUGGACGACGAAGUGGACGCAGCUAGCAAAGAAAGCCAGCUUUGGCGUAUGAAGCGUCAUCUGGCGCAUCACCGUGGGGCUGUCAAGGCUAUCGCGUUCGAUCAGGGCGCAGGAGGAGACGAGGCUGUCGUAGUGGUCUCAGCGUCGAGUGACAGGACGAUCAAGGUCGCCAGAGUGGAGAGAACUAUGAUGCAUGGAGGAGCCGCUCCGCGAGGUCAACAGCAGAACGCGGGCGUCGUUGCCACUCUGGAGGGUCACAGCAACCUCGUCACUAGCGUGACCGUCUCUUCAGCUCGUCGACGCAUCUACAGCGGGUCAAUCGACUCGACGCUCAAGGUUUGGGCCAUCCCUGAUGUUGCUGCUAAGAGUGCCAACGGCAGGAGAGAAGAGGGAUCAGAGGACGAUUCGACUGAGCAGCAGCAGCCUUUGGUCGUCCAGCCGCUCGCCUCAAUCAAAACCGACUCGGAGAUCACGGCCCUCACCCUCCUUCCAUCAACAGCAGGCGACGACUCAUUGCUCGCAACUGCUUCUGCAGAUGGCAUGGUUCGCCUCUACUCCCUCGAUCCUACUGCGGACGACGCCACCACCGACGCCGCCGCUUCCGCCUCCUCGGGACCACACCUGCUCCACACCUGGGAUUACUUCGGCCUCUCCCCCUCACCUUCAAGCGCAGCAGAUCGCGAGAAGGAAAGCGAAGCCCUCCGCCAAGAAUCGGGCGGUCUGCCCGUUCCCACAUCAAUCGUGCGCGUCCACUCUAAGCUGAGGGAAUGCGCCGUCUCUUACUCCAACUGCGUAGUCAAGACUUUCCGACUCUCAGAUGGGCAGGAAGUCUCCAAGUUGGGCGGAACGCCCGAAGCAGGGCUCAGUGGAAGUUACGACCAAACUCCCGCGACCCAGAUCAACUGCCUUGCUUCGCACCCUACGCUUCCCCUGCUCUUUACAGGGCACGAGGACAAGUGGCUGCGCAUCGUUGAUGUGUUCACGGGCAGUGUAGUGGGAAGCUGUCAUGCGCACAAGGAGGGAGUGACUAGCCUCGACGUAGACCCGAGUGGGCUGAAGUUGCUCAGUGCCGGUCAUGACGGUUGGACGAGGUUGUGGGAUCUCAGCCGUCUUGGCGGAGAAUUGGACGAGAGUGGAUCAGAGGCGUCUUCUGAUGGUGGGUCAAAGAAGUCAAAGAGGAAAGAGGAAGGCAUCGUUCUCACGCAAGAGAUUCAGGACCACUCCAAGUCAGAAGGCGAGGGUGUGCUAGCUGUCAAGUUCCACCCGACCCUCCCUUUCUUUGGGAGCGCGGGGGCUGAUGGGGUGGUGAGGAUUUACGGAUAAAUGAGAGCCAGAGGAGGGGAGGGAAAUGAUCAGAGGGAGAGGAGGAGGAAGAGGAGGAGGAAGAGGAGGAGGAAGAGGAGGAGGAGGAAGGGAUGGACUCUACCGCUUCAGCCAUCAGCUUCGCUUGUUUUCACA